CACAUUUUUUUCGAAGCAAAAAGUUAGAGAGAGAGAUACUCUUUUCGGGAUCAAAAAGUUUUGAGGGGGAGUUAUACUGUUGAAAACUAAAUACUAAUAUUGAUUUUUGACCUAGAUCGGACACCGCUAAGCUUUCCUCGUUCUCUGUAGUUUUUGUCUUCGAUUCGAUUCGAUUGUUUGUCUCUCUUUGUUAGGGUUUUGAGGUCCUUUUCGAGCUUGUAUCUGUGGGGGGAUUUGAAUCCUGAGGGUUUCGACGCCACCUUACAUUCUGCCGACGAGAUUCAGUCGGAGGAUCCAAAUGCCGCUAGAAUUCUAUGUGAACAGGCGUAUACUAUGACACAGAGCCUGUAACCCAACAGCGAUGGUAUAGGUGUUCUUCAAUCCAAAACUGGUUUGAUGUCGGUGUCUCUGUGAUUAAGAGGCAGAGAAGUCUGGUCGUUCCUUCUUCACCAGUUCCAGACUUCCAGUAAUCCCAAUGACAAUAAGAAGAAGUGAUCGUGUCAGAAAAAAGAAAUUCCUUACCAAUUCUGAUCCUGCAAUUCAUGAGAUCGAUGACGAGCCAUAUGCAAAACACAGGACAUGCUGGAGGCAUAUCGCUGCACAUAUGAGUGGUUUAAAAAAGAAGUUGCCUAUGAAAGAGUUGGAUAGAUAUAAACUGACAGCUCCUUGUUUCUACGAGAUGUGUAAGCACUCUGAAAGAUCUCCAAGAAGAAUCAAGUGCAAGUAUUUAGUCUCUAAGCUACGGAAGAAGCUGGAUUCCAGGGUAUUUGGACUUUACUUAGAAGACUUGUGGAAGAGCUUCUCAGAUGAUAAAAAGAACCCCUUUAUGUACUUGGAUUGUCUAUGGUUCAGCAUGUAUACGACUGCCCAUCUUCGAAGCAAUGUUCUGACAUGGAUUCAGACGAAGCAUAUUUUCUCGAAGAAGUACGUGUUUGUUCCCAUCAACCGUUGGAGCCAUUGGUAUCUGUUGAUAUUUUGCAAUUUUGAUGAGAAUCUUGAAUCGCAAACUGGGAAGAAAGCAUUCAUGUUGCUGCUUGAUUCACUACAGACAGCCGGCUCAAGGCAGCUUGAACCUGACAUAAGAAGAUUCGUGUUGGAUAUAUACAAAACGGAGGGGAGAACCCAGAACUUGAGUUUGGUUUCCAAGAUUCCUCUCUUUGUGCCAGAGGUUCCGCAGCAGAGAAACGACGUAGAAUGUGGCAGUUUUGUUCUCUACUACAUAAAUCGGUUCAUAGAAGAUGCCCCUGAGAGCCUCAACCCAUAUUUUAUGAACAAGGACUGGUUUGGCCACGAAGCAUUGGACGAUUUCCGCAACAAGCUCGAUUCUUUAGGAGCCAUCGUGUAGGCAGCAAAGUAGAGAGUUCUGAUAGAGGAUCGAUUCUGAAUACAGUUAGUGGUCAAGUAGACCGGUAAUGGUCAGGGGAUUUUCUCGGGAAAAUUUACGAUUUUCCGUGUAACCGAGUCUGGUUUCUUGUGCAAAUUCCGGUCUCGCUUGUUUCGUAAUUCCUUCUUGGGGAUGAGUUUGUAUGAACUUUUUAGAAAAUUACCUUUACACCCCAAACGUUUAUUUAUUCUC